AUGGCGAAUGACCCCGUCGAAGUAGCGCGUGGCGUCGCGAACCGUGGCAACGCGACGGAUCGGGGCGUGCCCUCCGAUAUGCUCUCGUCGUCGCUGCAGGAACAGGAUGCCGUGUGCGACCGGUGCAUGCGCGAUAUAUCUGCGAGCAUCGCGUCGGGCAACCCGGUGGCAAGUGGUCCGAACCACCACUUUUACAACACCUCGGCGAUGACAUCGACACUUCCCCGCAGUCGCGCCGAAUGGGACGAGGCACUUGCACGCGAGUUCCAGCCGUUCAUGCCGAUGGCCGAGAACAUGCCGCGGCUGACGCUGCGCUACGGCGAGAACCCGUUCCAGCAGAGCUUGGCGGGCGACGCACCCGACCCCGCCCGCCGGGGGAUCGACGGUGGGGACGCUCGCCAGCCCCGCUCGCCGAGUGUCGAGACCGCGCGCGAGAUCUUGUCUGAUGCGGGCGACUCGCAGCACGGUAUGCUCUCGUCGCAAGGCAACGUCCACGACCUGCUCGAUGUCCUGCUCCACGACGCAGGCGACAGCGACGGGACCAACUUUGGCCCCUGGCUCAUGGCGCGCAAGCGCUUCAGUGCGCAGGCCCUGCGCGAUACGCACGCCGACUACACGCCGCACUCGCGCAAAGCUGCUGCGCGUGCCGAGCGCAAAGGCGUGGCGGCGGCGAACGAGCCAAUUUGGCAGGAUCCGUACGCGCCGGACAUGCCCCGCGACGUAUCCUACCGGCGCGUGCGCCCCUCGUGCCGCGGGUGCCUGCACCCCGGCGCGGUGUUUGUGGGAUCGCAGCGCAACGGGCGCAGCAGCUACCAGGUGACGGUCGAGAUCACCAACGUCGAUCUGAAUGCCUCGACCCUCGGUGGAUAUCUCAAGAUCUGUGGCCUGACGAAAGAGUGGCCCGAACUCACGACCUACUUUGACGCCGAGAUUAUCGGCCGCGACUUCCACUUUGUGACCGGCAAGUGGGACGCGACCGAGGCGGACGACAUCAAGCACUGGUCGCGCUUCCCCGAGUUCCGCACGCUGCGCGAGCAGCUCGAGCGGCUCGAUGCGCCGUUUGAUCCUGCCGAGCAGCCGGUCGUCUUUAUGCGUUGGAAAGAGCAGUUUCUCGUGCCGGACCACCGCGUGCGGAAUAUUAACGGCGCGAGCUUCGCCGGCUUCUAUUAUAUCUGUGUCGCACUGCAGGACGGCGACCUGCCGCCGUCCGAGGCGCACGUCGACCUGCUGCCCCACCACGCACGGACGCUGUCGGAGGACGCCGAGAUGGCGGAUCCCGCGGCGUCCGCGUGUGGCCGGGCACCAGAAACGGUGCCUGACGAGGAGCCGAUGGACCCGCUGCGUGCGCCGUCGACGCGGCAUCGGGGCCAUAUGCGCGGCUUCUAUUUUCACGAAAACUCGGAGCCCUACCAGGAGCUCUCCCUGGAGUACAUACCAGCGCUCUCGAGUGGCUUGUUUGAAUUCCGGUAA